AUGGGUAAAAAGAGUAAAUUCACUCUUUAUCUUGUGAAACAAGCCGACAACGGAUCAUAUCGUAUAAAAUCACCGGAAGAAAGUUCUAGUCAUGUUCCUGCUUGUCCUGCACCAAAAGAAAGUGUAGACCUACAAAAUGAAGUUUACACUACAGAUAAAGGGGAAAAAGAAGCCAGUACAGAGGCGAAUUACUCUUCUGAGUUUGAAAGUCUUUUCGAACACAGCAGCGAGGAUGAUAUCUCCAGUGGCAGUAGUGAUAUGAAUGAUCCAGAUAAAAACAAAAAUGCCCAAAGCAGUAACAACAGCAUGGAAGACGACGAUGACGAAGUUGAUGUGGGAGUAAAAAGGAUGUCUGCGGCGAACAUGAGCGACGCGGCGCCCGAGGAGGCGGCGGGGCCGGACGCGGUGUCUCCGGUGACGCUGAGCGCCGACUGGAGCCGCGUGGCGCGCCUGCUGCUCGUCGCGUCGCUCGCCGUCGUCGGCAGCGUCGGCAACGUCUUCAUGAUCAGCGCCGUCAUGAUCGAGGACCACCUCAAGAAGCGCGGUAACGCGCUGCUGGUGAGCGUGGCGCUGGCGGACCUGCUGGUGACGGGCCUGGUGAUGCCCGCGUCGUCGGUGGUGAUCCUGGCGGGGCUGCCCGACGCGCCGGCCGUGUGCCGGCUGCAGUGGGCCGUGGCGGCGCUGAGCUGCCUGGUGACGGUGCUGUCGCUGGCGGCGGCCGCGUGCGAGAACAACGCGCGCCUCUGCCUGCCGCGCGAGCGCCACGCGCGCCUGUGCACGCGCGCGCGCGUCACGGCCGCCGUGCUGAGCAUCUGGGCGGCGGCGGUGGGCGCGGUCGCGCUGCAGACGGCGCUGGACGCGGCGCCGCUCUACUGCCGGCCGCCGCGGCCCGGCCCGCGGCCGCCGGGGCCCGGCGCGCUGCCCUACCACGUGGCCUGCGGCGCGCUGCUGCUGCUGCUCGCCUUCGCGUGGCACGCGCGCACCGCCCUGCGCGUGCGCGCGCUGCGCUCGCGGCCCAGCUUCAAGCCCGCCGUCACCUUCGCCUGGGACUACGCGCUCGCCAAGACGAACGCCUACUCGGCGGCGCUCUUCGUCGUCUUCUGGGCGCCGUUCGGCGUCGCGCUGGUGGUGUCGGCGGCGCGUGGCGGCCGCGGCGUGCCCGCGCGGCUCGUCUACAACCUGGCGUGGUUCGCGCUCAGCAAGUCCUGCGUCAACAGCCUGCUCUACUGCUGCACCAACCGCCACUUCCGCAACGCCUACGUCAACCUGUUCCACUACUGCUGCUGCAAGACGACCGUGUCGUUCUCCCGCCGCCAGAGGGCGGCCGGCGCGGCCGUCGUGGGCGGCUCGCUCGGGGACGCGGCGCGGCCGUCCGGCGACGUGCGGGUGCACAUCAUCCCCGGCUACAACAUGUACUCCUACACGAGCCCGCAGCGCGCCCGCGAGCUCUGCAAGACCGCUUCCGGCAUCAAGCGCUCGGCCGGCUCCUGUCGGCCGGGGGGCAGCGGCGCAGGGCGCACCAACGGCCGCGACGUCUACGAACUCUGA